AUGGCUGCUGUAACAGGCGAAAUCAGCGACCUGCUCUUGGCCGAAAAAGAGAAGCAGACGCGGUUCCCACAGGCAACGCGCGAGAAUGCCGCGAAGUACACCAAGCCGUUCUGCGAUUUCAUGACUAAUAAUCCUACUGUCUUCCACGCAGUCGAUGCACUGAAGAACGACCUGAAAGAGCAAGGAUUCACACAGCUCAGCGAGAGAAACUCGUGGGAUAUCCAGCCUUCGGGCAAGUACUUCGUCGAUCGCAAUGGCUCGUCGCUCAUCGCAUUCGUCGUCGGUGCAAACUACGAGCCAGGAAAUGGUACUGCCAUUCUUGCUGGUCAUGUCGAUGCUUUGACGGCAAAGCUGAAGCCAGUGUCGCAAGUCCCGAACAAGGCAGGAUUCCUCCAGCUCGGUGUUGCUCCAUAUGCAGGCGGCCUCGGUAAGACUUGGUGGGACCGCGAUCUGGGAAUUGGUGGUCGUGUACACAUCAAGGAGGGUAGUAAGAUCGUCACUAAGCUUGUCAAGCUGGACUGGCCCAUCGCCAAGAUCCCAAGCCUGGCAGAGCACUUCGGCGCGCCUGCACAAGGACCAUUCAACAAGGAAACCCAGAUGGUGCCAGUCAUAGGCCUUGACAGCAGCGAUUCGCAAAGCAAGAUGGUGGAGCCGCAUGUCGAGCCGUUCAGCCAGCCCUCGCUUCUUGGCCGUGCUGACGGUUCGGUGGGUAGCUUCAUCAGCACUCAGCCGCCGGCUCUUGUCAGCGCUAUCGCCAAGGCUCUCGGCUUGAACACCAGCAGCUACGCGAACAUCGUGAAUUGGGAGCUUGAGUUGUUUGAUGUCCAGCCGGCCACUCUUGCGGGUCUGAACAAGGAAUUCAUCUCUGCUGGACGAAUCGAUGACAAACUCUGCUCAUGGGCUGCACUUCAAGCAUUGAUCGAAGCCCAAAGUGACACCAAUAGCAGCUCCAUCAUCAAGGUUGUCGGUCUCUUCGAUGAUGAAGAAAUUGGAUCUCUGCUUCGACAAGGUGCAAAGGGCAACUUCCUCCCUAUCACACUGGAGCGUGCUGUGGGAUCUUUGGCUGGACACAAGCCAGACUCAGACCUGAUGGGAAGGACCAUGGCUAACUCAUUCAUGGUCUCAUCAGACGUGACGCACGCUGUGAACCCCAACUUCCUAGGCGUCUACCUUGAGAACCAUGCCCCUCACCUCAAUGUCGGUGUUGCGAUAGCAGCAGACUCCAAUGGACACAUGACGACCGACUCUAUAUCGACCACCAUCCUGAAACGAUGUGCCGAUAAGGUCGGAGCACAGCUACAGGUCUUCCAGAUCAGGAACGACUCCCGGUCUGGAGGCACAGUCGGGCCUAUGCUUUCGUCGGCGCUUGGCGUGCGAGCUAUUGACGCCGGUCUGGCACAACUGAGUAUGCACUCCAUCAGAGCCACUACUGGUGCACUUGACCCAGGCUUUGGCGUGAUCAUGUUUCUGGGUUUCUUGAAUGGCUUCGAAGCUGUAGACAAAGAGUUGCAAGACUCGUAA